GCACAGCGCGUCCUGUGGACACGUGAGGCAGACUCAAUUUAACAGAGCCGGCUCCACGCAGGGGGCUUCACUCCGGCGCACUGACCUCCCUCUCCUUUCCACAGGAAGCGACUCCUGCAACGCUGCCGCCAUGCCCAAAGUCCAGGUGCCAGUUCAACAGAAGACCGAUGACAACAUGAGGGCCUUCGCCGAGAAGGUUUUUGCAUCGGAGACUAAAGACGAGCAGGUGCGAGAUGAAAUCUCCCUGUUUGAUGUGGCUGAAGACUGUCCCAUCCUUCACCAGGAGAUGGCGCACCACCUACAUGCCGAUGAUAACGCAGAGAAACGCCAAAGGCUUCAGCGCAGCCGUACAAUGGCCGCCCCCCAGGCAGCUGCUGCCCCCGUGGUGGUGGACACCCCAACCUAUCUGGAGGUCCCUGACUUCCAGAGAGUGGCCAUCAUGGGUGACUACGCUGCUGGGGUGACCAUGGAUGACUUUGAGUUGUCUUGUAAGGGUCUGUACCGUGCCUUAACCAUCAGGGAGAAAUACAUGAGGCUAGCCUAUCAGCACUUUCCCAGAACAGCCUCCCAGUUCCUGCGUCAGAUAGAGGGAAACACGUUCAAAGUUGAAGAUGAGGUCCAGCCAGUGUUCAAUGCUCCUCCAAAAGAUGGGGAGGACCCUUUGGGCACCUCAGACCUGCUAGAGAAUCUUGGCUAUGUGGCUCGUAUGAAGGACGGCCUUAUGUAUGUGUACAACGACGCUGCAGCUGCUGACAAGCAUCAGCCCAAGGACCUGCCUCAUCCAGACUACAACACCUUCAUUGAUGACAUGAACUUCCUCAUCGCGCUGAUUGCUCAGGGCCCAACGAAGACUUACACUCACAGGCGUCUGAAGUUCCUCAUGUCCAAGUUCAAUGUGCAUGAGAUGUUGAACGAAAUGGAGGAGUUGAAGGAGUUGAAGAUGAACCCCCACAGGGAUUUCUACAAUUGCAGGAAGGUGGACACCCACAUCCAUGCUGCUGCCUGCAUGAACCAGAAGCAUUUGCUGCGCUUCAUCAAAAGGUCUUACCGUGUGGAUGCUGACCGGGUGGUGCACAAUCUUAAAGGGAGGGAGGUCACCAUGAGGGAGUUGUUUGAAUCCCUCAACCUGCAUCCAUACGACCUCACCGUGGACUCUUUGGACGUGCACGCUGGGAGACAAACAUUCCAACGUUUCGAUAAGUUCAAUGCUAAGUACAAUCCUGUAGGAGCCAGUGAGCUGCGGGACCUCUACCUGAAGACCGAAAAUCACAUCAGUGGGGAAUAUUUUGCCACUAUUAUUAAGGAAGUAGCCAGUGACCUUGAGGAUGCCAAGUACCAGUAUGCUGAGCCCCGUCUGUCUAUCUAUGGUUGUAAUCCCAAUGAGUGGGGUAAGCUCUCCAGUUGGUUUGUAAAGCACAGAGUCUUCUCCCCCAACCUCAAAUGGAUGAUUCAAGUCCCCAGAAUCUAUGACAUCUUCAGAGGCAGGAACUUUGUACCUCACUUUGGCAAAAUGUUGGAGAACAUUUUCCUUCCCGUGUUUCAGGCCACCAUUGAUCCACAGUCCAACCCAGAGCUCAGCAUCUUCCUUAAGCAUGUGACAGGAUUUGACAGUGUGGAUGAUGAGUCCAAACACAGUGGCCACAUGUUCUCCACAAAAAGUCCAAAACCAGAAGAGUGGGACAUUGUCAAGAACCCCUCCUACACUUAUUAUAUCUACUACAUGUAUGCCAACAUUGCUGUUCUUAACCAGCUGCGUAGACAGAGAGGAUUGAACACGUUCACGUUCAGGCCUCACUGUGGUGAGGCUGGAGCCGUCACCCACUUACUGGCAGCCUUUAUGACUGCUGACAACAUCUCCCAUGGUCUUAACCUCAAAAAGAGUCCAGUUCUCCAGUACUUGUACUUCUUGACCCAGAUCCCAAUCGCCAUGUCCCCUCUUAGCAACAACAGCCUGUUCCUGGAGUAUGCCAAGAACCCGCUACUGGAGUUUCACCAGAAAGGCUUGAUGGUGUCUCUGUCCACUGACGACCCCAUGCAGUUCCACUACACCAAGGAACCCCUAAUGGAAGAGUAUGCCAUUGCAGCUCAGGUGUUCAAGCUAAGCACUUGUGACAUGUGUGAGAUUGCCAGGAAUAGUGUGCUGCAGAGUGGCUUGUCUCAUGAGGAAAAGAUUCACUUCUUGGGUUCAGAUUACCAGAAAGAAGGCCCAGAGGGUAACGACAUCCGUAAAACCAACGUGGCUCAGAUCCGCAUGGCCUACCGUUUUGAGACGCUGUGGUAUGAGCUCAACCUCAUCAAGGAGGGCCUGAAGGUGGAGUGAACACGGUGGAAACACACAAGCCUUUUGUCAAAGCUCACUUGAAACGGGUGUAGACAGGAUUAUGCUAAAGUUUUUUUACAGGAGGACUUUGACAAAAGAAACCAUUUACAACAUUUAAAGAAACAGACACUUCUGAUGAACUACUAUUGGAUCUUUCUGAGACAGAAUGGUUUGGAUAAAUGGAUUUCACUGUUUCCAGAGGAAGAAACAUUAUGCACAUCAAUGGAAAUAAAACAUUACAAAUAAUAACUAACUCUCUUUCUUUUCUUUUUUUUGUUACUUGCAUAAACUUGCAAGUAAGUUUAUGCAAGUAACUUACUUGCAAAUAAGUUACUUGUCAUAAAAUAUAUGACUCGUUUUUAUCAUCUCUUUAAUGAUCGGUUUGGAUUAGCGGAAGUUACUUAGCUUGAAGCAGCUGUUACAACAACAAUAAAAUAUAUGUGGGAUCUGAACGAUUUUAAUGAGCAUGUAAAACCAUGAGUAUAUGGUUUUAUACUCAUGACAAUACAUGAAGAAUACCAAAUUAAAAUGAGAAAUAAACCGAUAAAUGUUUUGUUCCAUGAAAAAUAAAUAGUUGAAUAAAUAAAUUCAUAAUUUCUUGCUACAAAGAACUCUGAAAUAGCAUUGUAAACAAGCAAUUACAUGUUGUUUAAUGAUUUAUUGAAUUGUGCUGCCUGUGAAAACUCAUAUGUAUUUUUAUGUCGUUCAAAGUUUAGGUCUAUCUCGAUUUUGUUGUGUGAGCACAAAGAGGAACUUAGUUGAUGUAAAUGGUCAUGCACAUUUUAUGAAGUUGUUUAUCGUCUUGAUUUAUUAUGCAUAAUAUUGAUUCUUGACAGGAAUUUCAUAAUGAAAUGCUUAUAUAGGUAAAAAAUACUAAUAUAAAUUUAGAUUAUGAGUUAAGUGGAUUGACUUUUCAAAUAACAAAAUGUAACUAUCUACAUUUUGAGAGACUGUUCUUAACUACAGUGUCAAAUCUUCGGCUUAUUAAUAUAUUUUAGCAUGCGGUUUGGUGCACAUGUGAGUCUGGUGUCUGAAUUUCCCGGGACACGUGAAAAAACUUGUACUUAUUCAUGUUGACAGCUGCUGGAGUGGAUACGGUGACGUCUUCCCACUUGAAAAACAAAAAAAAAAAAGUUUCUCACAGUCCAAAACUUUGUCAAGUUACUCAGAAACACGUAGAGUGACAACCAGAAGUUUUUGAACUAGCAUAAUAAAAGUUUCACCUCCCCAUGAACAUCGCUCCUUUGGUCGCUCUGUGUGGCUUCCAGGUUUUACUUUGAAAAGCAUAUCCGGAAGUAGUGCCUGUCCGCCUGACUUAAUAGUCAUUGUCCAGAGGUUGGGCGAGAAGUGAUUUGGUUUAUCUGCUUUUCUUUCUGUGUGUCCCGCUUCUUUGAAGCUGUUAUUGUUUACAGGUGGUUGAAUAUAGGACUCGUUUUUAUCAUCUCUUUAAUGUUCGGUCCGGAUUAGCGGAAGUUUCCAGUAACUGAAUCCCAACGUGGCCACCUCCUCAGCCUGAACGAUGAGACCGAGGGGAUUUUAUCUUUAUCAUCUUUUUAGGAAGCUACACGAGUAGAGGAUAUGAAUUUUACUGACCGCUAUGAGCUGUAAAGAUUGUUUACGAAAUGAGACAAGAGAGAAAUGACUCUUUGUUGGUUCAAGAAGACACAUA